AUGUCUGCUAUCCACCUUCCCACAGUUGCAGUCAAUGCUGCUCUUAAUAUCAACCCUGACAGCAAACAGAGCCUGAGCUACACGACAAACAGUGACGAUGACUGCCCUCCCCCACCACCAUUCCCAUCCUCCGAAUCGUCUGGUUCGCCCGGCUCUUCCGCCUCAACUCCAGACAAGUCACUUUCGCCCGUAACACUGAAGUCUCAAUCUCAACAGUCAGAUAUGUGCCGCCCACAACUUCCAUCUGACAGCCCCUCCAGCGGAUCAUCAGCAAUCCUGGCAUUAAAAAGCGACGAAUCUCCUCGAGGCAGACAACUUCAACGCCGCUGCCGUCAUCUACGCGUACACGAGGCAGUGAAGCGGCGAGAAUCGCGUCACCAGGCCCUUCGACAGCAGGAGAUAUGGCUAGAAAUGCAAAAUAGCUGGUUUGAUGAGCCCGAGGCUGUAGAACUCGGGCUCGAGAAGGAUACUAAAGAAAAGACCGUUGGAUCGAAUAAUGGGGCACAUGAGAAUCAAGGGUCGGGGCUCAAAGAAGUGUUGUCCGUGCGGUUGCGCUCGGUCAAUGAUAAGAAGAACCUUAAAGAGCCUGCACCGAGAUUGGAUUCAACAACCAAGUCUUCGGAAGCCAUGGGAUACACCCCAUUCAACGGCUGGGGCUUCCGUUCCAUGAGGACAAGUUUGUUCAAGAAUGUUGCUGCUGCCAGACGAUUGAAUUCAUGUGAAGACGAAAACUGCUGCUAUUUGUUGCGUGAAGAGCCAGUUGAUGAAUACAUGUACUGGAAGGACAGACAGGAGAGUGCGGACUACGCUGCUAGAGUGAUUCUCGCGUCCUAUGAGGCUGGGGCUCGGCGAAAUGGUCAGUAUCGUCGUCCACAUCGGCAUGGACAUCGUCGAGGUGGCUGCAACGCCAAUACCAUUGGCCGUAGAGAACGGAAGAAGAGAAGGGCUCUGAGAAUGAAGGAUUUCUCAUUGGACCUGGAAUUACGUGGAGGGGAUGCUGAGAAAGAUGGACUCGAAGGGCCUAAGAAGAAAAAAGGUUUCAAGGCACUCUUCGAAAAGACAAAGGAGAUAUCAGAAAAGUUGGGCUGGAGCGAAACUCUUGGUCGUUUGAGCAUCUUUCAGGCAGUUCCAGUUACUCCUUUUGGAUCGCCAAUGAUCUUGCCCCCCAUGGGAACCUUGGACGUUGCAGGAGCAUUCACUGGGUUUCGCAACAAUGAUGACUCUAGCUACAGGUACCAAGGAGAUGCAUCCUCGAGCACAAGCAAAACUGACAGUCUGACAUCCUCCGUCGCCCCUUCAUAUCGUUCUACGCCUAUCUCUUCUACAACCAACAUGGCGACCGACAAAGCCGAAGUUCAAAACUUUCGGCGGUGUCAUUUGAUCAAGACUGAUAACAGAAAUAUAUCCGCCCAUCCUGCGUGGAAGAACUACCGAUGCAUCCCGCCCAGGUUAAAGAACCAGCGGUGGAGCGCCCCUGAAUAUUUUGGCCAGGGUACUCAGAACGUUUAUGAUGCUCAGGAAGUUUUGGAGCAAAAGCUGGGACUAGGAAGGAAACGGAGUCUCGCAUCGUUGACGCGGCAACUCGCAGCAAAAAAAGGUGAAGAUCAGCAUGGAAACAUUCUGAGGGUCAUACAUCUCGUUCCCUCGGCAGGUCUGGAACCUUGA